AUGGCGGUCGAACUGGUUUCAGACGCUCCGUGGUAUUUCGGAGAAAUAAGCAGAGAAAAAGCUAAUGAAAUUCUUAUUGAUCAACCCGUUGGGACAUUCUUGAUCCGUGAUAGCACAACAAAGUCAGGUUACGUGCUUGCGAUUAAAGAAGCAAACGAAGUCAAGCGUUAUCUUCUGACAUGGGCACCUCAACUCAAUAAGUUCAAGUUUGGUGACACUCUUUAUUCUUCGCUAGAUGAAUUAGUCAGACUUCACACUUCACACUCAUCAAAUACUCGUAUGAGACAGCCAGCUCAAAAAGCUACUUAUGCUGCUUUAUAUUCAUUUCAAGCACAGGAAGAGGGAGAUCUUUCCUUCCAGAGGGGAGACUUGUUAACUUUCAUCAGACAAAAGAGGGAGUGGAUCCUGUGUAAAUCAAGCGAUAACCGUAUUGGUUGGGUUCCUUCAAAUUACUUGACUCCUUUUACACCUGAAAUCGUCGCUAGAUUGAAGGGUCUUGGUGACCAACUUGGUUUGACCUACUGUCAUAUGCUCAAAUCUGUUCAGUUACCAGCUACAGGGAAGGUUGUAAGGGCUAGAAAUCCCAGCAUCUUUGCGACAAAUCAUUUGAAGGUGGAGUGCGAUGACGAAGUUCAAAUCAGAAAACUGCUUCCUGAUGGAUUCUGUGAAGUCUGGCGAGAACGUGAUCAAGUUGGUGGCUUAGUACCAAUCAAUUUCCUUAAAAUUGAAUGUAACUGA